AUGGAUUAUGAUGUUAUUUACAAUCUAAUUCAAUACACUCUUCUUUUCCUGUUAAUAUUAGCCACGUUAUUCUUAUACUGCGAUAGAUAUAUUUCGAAUACUUCAAUUUAUGAUCGAAUAUUGUUUCCCUCAACAAAUCCAAAAAAGAUUUCCUACUCACUUCAAACAGGUCAAUGGAAAAGCGAUGGAGAUCAAUACCCAAUCAUUUUUGAAGCAGGAACUAUUGCUUUAUCAAUAAUUAUAUUUUUUGAAGAAGAAAUACUGAACAUAAAGGAAACUAUGGAAACAAUCAUUAAUAGCUUAAACGAACGCCAUAAUAAAAACCCAAAUUUUACGUGGGAAAUAAUUAUAUAUUCCAAUUCUGAGUUUCCUAACAACCAAACAUACAUUCUUGACUUGGUGUCCAAAUCUUCUAACAUAUUAUUCGUCGAACCAACAUCAAAAAUUGAUCCUUCUUAUGCUCCAAUUAUUGCAGCUUUAAAUGCUCAUGGAUUGAACAUUCUCAUAACAGAUAUAUACAGCGCAUCUAAUAUUAAAGAUCUUGAGUCAGCAGAACAGAAGUUAGACAAUCUAAAAUCGUUUAAUUCAGCUUCAUUAGUUAUUGGAAACAGAAACUUAAAUAACUUAUUCGUUUCACAUACAAUGUAUGAAAAACUACUAAUUAAAGUUAAUAAAUUCCAACUUUCCCUUCUAAAUGCAGAAUUAAUGUCAGAUCCGCUUUGUCCUUACGUACUGAUGACUCGCGAGGCCGCCAGAGACAUACUAACAAAUGUUCAUAUCGGCGGAGUUACUUCAUUCGUUGAAAUGCUCGUUUUGGCGUUUGAUAACCAAAAUGGAGUCAAUGAAAUGAGAAUUUCAUGGAAUGGAACUGUUCCUCCAAUAUCUGAUAGCAAGCAGCUUCAAAACGUUACUUUGAGAAUCUUUGAAAUUGUAAUUUUCUAUUUCACUGAACUUUGGAUGUUUUCAAGAAAGAGAAAGGUUCAAGCAGCUAAUGACAUUGCUUAA